AUGAAUUCUGAAUCUUCUGCACUGGACAACGUCGAUGAUUCUGUCUCGCAAGAACAAUUUUCUUAUUAUCAAACUUUUAAAUAUGAUUUUUCGAAACCACUUAUGUCUCUUUGCUCGACCAAGAAUCUUUUUAACCAAACUGUUUCGCAAAGUUUACAAAAAAUGUUCAACGCGAAACAAGAGUUAGGUUACAUACCCAACGGAACUGAAGGCAAUUUUUUUAAAACAGCGAAAUGGUCUCCUGAUGGAACAUGCAUCUUGACUUCUUCUAAUGAUAAUAUAUUGAGAGUAUUUAACUUGUACGUAAUACCUCUAUAUACUUUGGUAAUGGUUUAUGUUUACACUCUUGCGUUUUCUUAUAGACCUUUUAACAUAUUUGAUGCAAAUGAAGAACAAGACAUGGUGCCGGCUAUAUACAGUCAUUCGGGAGAAUCUGUGUACGAAUGUUGUUGGUACCCGCAAAUGUCUAGUCAAGAUCCGAGCACGUGUUUUUUCCUCGCAUCUAGUCGAGAACAUCCAGUUCAUCUAUGGGAUGCGUAUACCGGAAAGUUAAAAUGUUCAUUUACUAUUAUUAAUCAUCGUGAACAAGUUAUUGGACCAAAUUCUUUAACGUUCAACUUGGAUGGUUCCAGGAUAUAUUGCGGAUAUAAAAACAUGAUUAAAACCUACUAUACAGACCGGCCGGGCAGUGACGGCGAAGAAUAUCCCACGACGCCUACGCGUAAGAGUAAAGAGGGGCAAAAAGGUGUGAUAUCUUGCCUGGCUUUUAAUCCUGAUCGUUCAAGUUUAUAUGCUGCGGGUUCUUAUUCGCAAUCAAUUGGACUUUAUGAUGAAUAUAAUAACGAGUUGCUAUUCCUUUUACGUGGAACACUGAAUGAACCAAUUGGAGGUGUCCAAUUUUCACCUUCUGGCCAUUAUUUAUUUUCGACAUCACGAAGGAACAAUAGCAUUUGUUGCUGGGAUAUCCGUAAUUCUGGUGAAAUUUUAUACCGUCUACAAAGACGAGGUGAUACGAAUCAGAAACUAUCAUUUGACAUUGACUAUUCCGGAAAAUUCUUGAUUACUGGCGAUCAAGAAGGAAAUAUUAUAACUUACGAUUUAGCUGAUCCUGAUGAUGAUGGUGUUCCACGUCAGUUUAUAAUUGUAGAUACUGUGUCAGCAGCAACAUUCCAUCCUUAUUCACCCCUUAUUGCCUCUUGUUCAGGCCAGAGAAAGUUUGACUUUUUAGUAAACGAAAACAUUAAAAUCAAUUUCAUAGAGAAUAAUGAUCAGUUAGGUUCAUUAGAAGCUGAUAUUGUUGAAGAUAAUUCUCUUAAAAUAUGGAAAGUUGAAGGAAAUUUUGAAUGGCAUCUUUACGA